AUGUUCGUCCGGUCGUCCGUUAUGCGCCUUGUGGCUUGCAUAUUCGGGCUCCAGUGGCUGGCAGCAGAAGCCUACAUAUACAGUGGCCGCCCCUCACAUCCUGAUCUCCCGGGCCAUAGCGAUAGAUCGGAGGUGAAAGGCUCAAGCGGAUAUGGCUGCCAGACCCGUGACAGCGAGGUCGUUUUACCCAGAAAUCCGAAAAGAGCCGGCGAGGAUGACGGCACGCUGUGGACUGGGGAAACCGUCUUCGAUAUCACUCGGCGACCUACCCGGGAAACCAACGGGUCAAAUGGACUAGACACGGUCUGCAGCGGAGUGUAUCGCAUGCCUACUGUUUUUUGGCUCGGGCCGUCUACCCAGGGCAGCGAGGGCGAGGACAACAAAGUUGGUCUGGGCAUGAUCACCUGGGAGACAAAUGACACCGACAAAGCCGAUGCGUGGCAUGUUUAUCGCCCGUGCUUGGAGGCAGCAGGUAGGGACCGGGCGUUUCUACUCAAGGGGCUUGCCCACUACGACAAUUCAACCGAGCCCCCCGACGACACUACACUGGGGUUGAACCUGGUUGCACCCCCGCCGGGAAAUGAAGCAUCUGCUGCACCCGGUCCGUCUGGGCAGCUAUUUUUCAACGGCACCUACAACGGCGUCAAGGAAUCCGAGGAGUACCUUGGAAAGGCGGCGGUGUAUUUGGGAGAGCUCGCCUUCACCGAGGACCUCAACUGUACCAGCUCCGCCGGCUCAGGGGGUGAUUUUGAGUUCCUCUCCUACGGGGAUGGUACCAUUCGACCGGGGACGUCCGUGAAUGGGAUACUCACCAACGACACCAUUCUCCUGCGGCUGGCUGGGUCGUGGGAGUCGAAAAUCCUGGAGGGCGAGGAUACCCGGACCAACGCAACCGUGACAAAUAUCAUAUAUACCGAAACGGAAUUUGCUAUCACGUUCAACGGCCGUUACGAUUUGCGCAAUUCAUCCCAGCGUCUCGUUGUCAAUACCUCCCGUGCGAAUGUUAUGACUUUUAUCGCUGCAGGGACGCGACCGUACCCUCCCGCUGUUUUCUCCUUCUUCUUAAGCGUUGUACUUUUUUGCUCCCUCUAUACCAAUUUGUGA